UACGUCACAGAGCGUAGCGGAAGGGAAUUGUGGGACGAGUGCGCGUGCCUUGUUUGCCAUGGCGGCCUCCAAGAAACAUUUGGAGUUCCACGCCAAACGACCCUGGCCCCCAGAGGAGGAGGAGGUAGAAGAUCCAGACGAGGACGACGAAGAUGAUAACGAUGAAGCCGAGAAUGGGUUUUCCCUGGAGGAGGUGUUACGGCUCGGAGGCACCAAGCAAGAUUAUCUUAUGCUGGCUACUUUGGAUGAAAAUGAAGAAGUGGUGGAUGGAGGCAAAAAAGGAGCAAUUGAUGAUCUUCAGCAAGGUGAACUAGAAGCAUUUAUUCAAAAUCUUAGUUUGGCCAAGUAUGCAAAGACUUUUUUAAUUGAAGAAGAUCAAUCAUCUGGAAAAGAAGAUGGCAGCAGCAAAGAAGCAAGAGUAUCUAAAGUAGAUAAUAAAAAGCAAAAUGCAGCAAAAAAUGAAAGUAAAAAAAGGCCAGAACAACAUCCUGAUGAGAACAACAGUACCAUACCAAAAGCAAAGAGAGAUAAACAACAGGACAUCUUUGAAUUUGUUGAAAGACAGACAUUGUUACUUAAGUCUGGAGGCAAAUGGUAUGAUCUGGAAUACAGCAAUGAGUAUUCUUUGGAACCCCAGCCUCAGGAUAUUGUGGCUAAGUACAAAACCUUGGCUCAGAAGUUGUAUGAGCAUGAAACCAACUUAUUCAAAAAUAAGACGAAUAAGCAAAAGGGAGCUUCUUCUGCCUGGAUGAAGGCAAUUGUUUCAUCAGGGACUCUAGGUGACAGGAUGGCAGCCAUGAUUCUUCUUAUCCAGGAUGAUGCGAUUCACACACUCCAGUUUGUAGAAACUCUGGUGAACCUUGUUAAGAAGAAGGGCAGCAAACAGCAUUGCCUCAUGGCUUUGGAUACUUUCAAGGAGUUACUCAUUACAGACCUUUUGCCAGACAAUCGAAAGCUACGGAUUUUCAGCCAGCAUCCUUUCAACAAACUAGAGCAGCUGUCCAGUGGCAACAAGGACUCAAGAGAUAGAAGACUCAUAUUAUGGUAUUUUGAACAUCAACUGAAACAUUUAGUGGGUGAAUUCGUGCAGGUCUUAGAAACUUUAAGUCAUGAUUCAUUAGUAACCACCAAGACCCGAGCCCUUGUAGUGGCUCAUGAGCUUCUUUGUAACAAACCUGAGGAAGAAAAGGCCCUUCUUGUGCAGGUGGUAAAUAAACUGGGAGAUCCUCUGAACAGAAUAGCCACCAAAGCCUCCCAUCUGCUAGAGACAUUGCUUUGUAAACAUCCCAAUAUGAAAGGAGUUGUGUGUAGUGAAGUAGAAAGGCUGCUCUUCCGCUCAAAUAUCAGCUCCAAAGCCCAGUAUUAUGCAAUUUGCUUUUUAAAUCAAAUGGCCCUCUCCCAUGAAGAGAGUGAAUUAGCUAACAAAUUAAUAACUCUUUAUUUUUGUUUUUUUCGGACUUGCAUCAAGAAAAAAGAUAUUGAAUCAAAAAUGCUCAGUGCCCUCUUAACUGGAGUGAAUAGGGCAUACCCCUAUGCCCAGACAGGUGAUGACAAAGUGAGGGAGCAGGUUGACACGCUGUUCAAAGUGCUACAUAUUGUGAACUUCAAUACCAGUGUGCAGGCUUUAAUGUUGCUUUUCCAAGUAAUGAAUUCUCAGCAGACAAUAUCCAAUCGAUAUUAUGCAGCAUUAUAUAGAAAGAUGCUGGAUCCAGGGUUGAUGUUGUGUUCUAAGCAAGCCAUGUUUCUUAACCUUGUCUACAAAUCUCUGAAAGCUGACAUCGUGUUGCGGAGGGUGAAGGCUUUUGUGAAGAGAUUACUUCAAGUUACCUGUGAACAGAUGCCACCAUUCAUAUGUGGAGCUCUAUAUCUUGUGUCUGAGAUUCUUAAAGCAAAACCGGGUUUAAGAAGUCAACUAGAUGAUCAUCCGGAAUCUGAUGGGGAAGAAAAUUUUAUUGACAUAGAUGAUGAAGAAACAGAAAAAUUCACUGAUGCAGAUAAAGAAACAGAAACAGAUACAGCGGGAAAAGUUGAGGUGGAAGAAACUGUGUCUGAAAGACAUGUGGAAACCAAAAAAUUAGAAUCUGCUUCUUGGGUGCACUUUGAUAAUUUGAAAGGUGGCAAACAGCUGAACACGUAUGAUCCAUUCAGUAGAAACCCUUUGUUCUGUGGAGCUGAAAAUACAAGUCUUUGGGAACUCAAAAAGCUAUCUGAGCAUUUUCAUCCCUCUGUGGCUCUUUUUGCAAAGACUAUCCUUCAGGGAAAUUACAUUGAAUAUUCAGGGGAUCCACUACAGGAUUUCACACUAAUGAGAUUCUUGGAUCGAUUUGUAUACCGAAACCCAAAGCCACAUAAAGGCAAAGAAAACACAGAAAGUGUUGUGAUGCAGCCAAAAAGAAAACAUUUUAUGAAGGAUAUUCGUAGUCUUGCUGUUAACAGUAAGGAAUUCCUUGCAAAAGAAGAAAGCCAAAUACCAGUGGAUGAAGUGUUUUUCUAUAGGUAUUAUAAAAAAGUUGCUAAAGAGAAGCAAAAAAGGAAUGAAGAUGAAGAAAGUAUAGAAGAUGUGGAUGAUGAGGAAUUUGAAAGGAUGAUUGACACAUUUGAAGAUGAUAAUUGUUUCAUCUCGGGAAAGGAUGAUCUUGAUUUUGCCAGCAACAUGAAGAAAAAGAAGGCAAAAGGAGCUAAGGAUGACUCAGAAGACGAAGAUUCAGAAGACGAUGACCUUGAUAACUUGGAUGAUGAUGAAGUUUCUUUAGGAAGUAUGAAUGAAGAAUUUACUGAACUUGAGGAAGAUGGAGGAACAUUCAUGGAUGUGUUGGAGGAUGAAAACGAGGGCAUUCCAGAACUUGAUAAAGUCAGCUGGAAAGUCAAUAGUAAGAAAAGCAAGAGAAGUGCAAAUGAUUUUGACUUUGCUGGGUCAUUUCAAGGACCAAGAAAAAAAAGGAAAAGAAAUCUUGAUGACGCCAACCUGUUUGUAUCUGCUGAAGAGUUUGGGCACCUAUUGGAUGAAAACAUGGGAUCCAAGUUUGACAACAUUGGCAUGAAUGCUAUGGCUAACAGAGAUAAUGCAAGUCUCAAACAGCUUAGGUGGGAGGCUGAACGGGAUGACUGGUUGCACAACAGAGACGUGAAAAGCAUCAUUAAGAGAAAGAAAAAUUUCAAAAAGAGGAGGCCAAAAAUCACUCAAAAAAUUAAAAAGCAAAGAAAAUGAGUUUUUCUAAGUAAAUUAAAAUUCUACUUACUAAUUUUUGCUGUUCAGAGCCAUUUUUCUUGAUCUUGCUCUCUGAUUCCGUACAUCCCGGACUGUUCAAUGGAUUUGUAAUAAACUAUAAAUAAAAA